CCUGUCUCCGGCCGCUCCCUCCGCCUCCUCCCCGCCCCGAGCCCCCGUCCGCCAGUCUUUCCUUCCCCUCCUAUGCAUGAUGGAAACACCAUGGCUGCGGCGGCCCAGCUCUCCCUGACACAGUUAUCAAGUGGAAAUCCUGUAUAUGAAAAAUACUAUAGACAGGUCGAUACCAGCAAUACUGGAAGGGUGUUGGCUUCUGAUGCUGCUGUUUUCCUGAAAAAAUCAGGGCUUCCAGACUUGAUACUUGGAAAGAUUUGGGAUUUAGCUGACACAGAUGGCAAAGGUAUCCUGAGCAAACAAGAAUUCUUUGUUGCUUUGCGUCUUGUGGCAUGUGCCCAGAAUGGAUUGGAGGUUUCACUGAAUAGCUUGAACCUGGCUGUUCCUCCACCAAGAUUUCAUGAUGCCAGUAGUCCUUUGCUUAUCAGUGGACCCUCUGCUGCUGAGCUUCCAUGGUCUGUAAAAUCUGAAGAUAAAGCCAAAUAUGAUGCAAUUUUUGAUAGUUUAAGCCCAGUGAAUGGAUUUCUGUCUGGUGACAAAGUGAAACCAGUAUUGCUCAACUCAAAGUUACCUGUGGAUAUCCUUGGAAGAGUUUGGGAGUUGAGUGAUAUUGACCAUGAUGGAAUGCUUGACAGAGAUGAGUUUGCAGUUGCCAUGUGUUUGGUAUACUGUGCAUUGGAGAAAGAACCUGUGCCAAUGUCACUGCCACCAGGCUUGGUGCCACCUUCUAAGAGAAAAACGUGGGUUGUAUCCCCUGCAGAAAAAGCUAAAUAUGAUGAAAUUUUCCUGAAAACUGAUAAAGAUAUGGAUGGAUUUGUAUCAGGAUUGGAAGUCCGUGAAAUCUUUCUGAAGACAGGUUUACCUUCUACCUUACUAGCCCAUAUUUGGGCAUUAUGUGACACAAAGGACUGUGGGAAACUUUCAAAGGAUCAGUUUGCCUUGGCUUUUCAUUUAAUCAAUCAAAAAUUAAUGAAGGGCAUUGAUCCUCCUCACAGUCUUACUCCUGAGAUGAUUCCACCAUCAGAUAGGGCCAGUAUACAAAAGAACAUCAUAGGGUCAACAAGUCCUGUUGCAGAUUUUUCUGCUAUUAAGGAGCUAGAUACCCUUAACAAUGAAAUAGUUGACCUACAGAGGGAAAAGAAUAAUGUGGAACAGGACCUUAAGGAGAAAGAAGAUACUAUAAAACAGAGGACAAGCGAGGUUCAGGAUCUUCAAGAUGAAGUUCAUAGGGAGAAUACAAAUCUUCAAAAACUACAGGCCCAGAAACAGCAAGUACAGGAGCUCCUUGAUGGACUGGAUGAACAGAAAGCCCAGUUGGAGGAGCAGCUCAAGGAAGUCAAAAAGAAAUGUGCUGAAGAGGCCCAACUGAUUUCAUCCCUGAAGGCUGAAUUGACAAACCAAGAAUCACAAAUUUCCACUUACGAAGAAGAGCUGGCCAAAGCUAGGGAAGAGCUAAGUCGCCUACAGCAAGAAACAGCAGAACUGGAGGAGAGUGUGGAGUCAGGGAAGGCUCAGCUGGGGCCUCUUCAGCAGCACCUGCAAGAUUCACAGCAGGAAAUCAAUUCAAUGCAAAUGAAACUGAUGGAAAUGAAAGAGCUAGAAAACCAUAAUAAUCAAUUAAACUGGUGCAAUAACCCACACAGCAAUCUUGUAAAUGGUGCUACAGAUUAUUGCAGCCUAAGCACCAGCAGCAGUGAAACAACCAACCUUAAUGAACCCGCUGAAGGUCAAAACAACCUGGAGUCUGAGCCCAUACACGAGGAGUCACCAGCAAGAAGUAGUCCAGAAAUUUUGCCUUCUGGUGUGACUGAUGAAAGUGAAGUGGUGUCUACUCCUGUUGAUGACAAAGUUUGUCCUGAAUUUAACAGUGACAAAGAUUCAAAAGAGGAAGAUCCAUUUAAUGUAGAAGCAAAUUCCCUGACAGAUCCAGUUGCAGAUUCAAACUUGGAUUUUUUCCAAUCUGAUCCUUUUGUUGGCAGCGAUCCUUUCAAAGAUGAUCCUUUUGGGAAAGUUGAUCCAUUUGGAGGUGAUCCAUUCAAAGGUUCAGAUCCAUUUGCAUCUGACUGUUUCUUCAAGCAAUCAUCUACUGAUCCUUUUACUACUUCAAGUACUGAUCCUUUCAGUGCAGCCAGCAGUAAUAGUAAUACAUCGGUAGAAACAGUGAAGCACAAUGAUCCUUUUGCUCCUGGGGGAACAGUUGUUGUUGCAGCAAGUGACUCAGCCACAGACCCAUUUGCUUCUGUUUUUGGAAAUGAAUCAUUUGAAGAUGGAUUUGCUGACUUCAGCACAUUGUCAAAGGUCAACAAUGAAGAUCCUUUUAGUUCAGCCGCAUCAAGCUCUGUCAGCAGUGUGGUCAUUACAAAAAAUGUGCUUGAGGAAACAUCAGUCAAAAGUGAAGAUGUACCCCCAGCACUGCCACCAAAGAUUGGAACUCCAACAAGACCCUGCCCACCACCACCUGGGAAAAGACCCAUCAACAAAUUGGAUUCUUCUGAUCCCUUUAAACUGAAUGAUCCAUUUCAGCCUUUCUCAGGCAAUGAUAGCCCCAAAGAAAAAGAUCCUGAUAUGUUUUGCGAUUCAUUCACUUCUUCUACUACUACCACUACAAAUAAAGAGGCUGACCCAAGCAAUUUUGCUAACUUCAGUGCUUAUCCCUCUGAAGAAGAUAUGAUAGAGUGGGCCAAGAGGGAAAGUGAGAAAGAGGAAGAGCAGCGACUUGCCCGAUUGAGUCAGCAAGAGCAAGAAGACUUAGAACUGGCUAUUGCACUCAGCAAAUCUGAGAUAUCAGAAGCAUGAAGAAUUCUCCUGUCGUUGUCAACCCUACAAUAUUCUUCCUGAAUACUGAAGCUAUUUACAGUGUGUUUCAAAACUACCUAUGAGCAUGGGAAUACAAAAGGUUUGAGAUUCCUGUAAAUGUGACAAAAGUUUGUGUUUUUUUGUUUAUGUUUUUUUUUAAACUCCAUUUCAGAUUUGUCUUUCCCUGCCCCUGUAAAAGCAGUAACCCAGUCAGACAAUUUCCUGUAGGCCCCUCUUCUGGUGUGCAUUUACUGUGAGCUCUUGCCUGCCUGUGCUACUUUUACUUGUAAAGCUAGAACACUCAAGCUUCUGCCUCCUAGAAUAUCAAAAAAUAGUUUCACCCCUGUGCUACUCUUGUUCUAUAAUUAUUCUGGUGAUAGCUAGUGGAGUUCUUAAAGUUUGCAGUAUUCUCCCCUGAUUUGAGUGAUUGAGGAUGGGGAAAGGAAAGAACAUCCUAUUUCUUUUAUGAUGGUACAAAUUGACUAGUUUAAAGUGCAUGUUGUUAUUUCCUUACAGUAAAAAUACUAUUCAGUUUGCUGAUAAAGAAAGAAGGAACAAUAUUUUGCACAAAUAUUUGUAUUAACUCCACUAUUGAAAAAGGAAUGUCUUUAGGUUGAACCAUUGUAGCUUCAGACACAAUUUUUUCCUAAAUAAAAUUAAAGCCUCAUGUGUGAAAUACAUUAAAGUUUUUCUCAGAAUUUAAGGAAUUUUAGGGAAAUAGAUACCUCUCCAUAAUUUUAAGUGCUAGACAGUGGAGAAAAUUUACCACUUAAAACAUUCCCUAGAGUAUAACGUAAGCAAAAAUCCUAAUUUGGCCACCAUUCUGCUUUUGCCAUGGCAAUAUACUCUUUAGUUCUUUCUGUACUUAUGCAGAAGAAACUUCAGCAAGCUAGAACUGGAAGGUACUUUAAUUUUUUUGUAUGUGUUUUUGUUUCCUUUAAUGAAUGCUCAACUACUUGAAAUGUAAAACUCACUGAAUACAAAUGAAAAAGUGACAUGUAUUCAGUCACAUCAUUGCUUUUUGUCCAUCUUCAUGGUCAGAAUAGUUUAUUCUCUUCAUGUUUUCCACCUAUGCAAUUGGUGGACUAGGGAAAAAAAUUCUUGUGUUUUCAAUUUGGAGCAAAGAGACUACCAAAUAAUCAGAGCUGUCGUGUGUUAAAAGCCCAUCUCUUGUAAAAUGGACCUCGCAGACAUGCUGAAUUUGAAAUAGACUAUGAAGGAGGCUGUAAAUUGUAGAGUAAUUUUAAAUUUUUAAUAUCACUUACUGAGUUAAAUAAUAUACUGAAUAUCAAGAUAAAGAAAAUUGCACCUAAAAACUAAUUAAUGUCUCCUCGGUCACCAAGUUGAGGUGGUUUUGAUCUGUGUUAGAGUAAUUUAUUGCCUAACCUAUGAAUAAAUUUCAAAAUAUCCAAUUCAUUUCUUCUUGAAAUGGUGCUUUUUUUCCUCUCCACACACAAUUGGACAGCUACAGUUUAAAACAAACUUAAGCCACUUUCUUGCACUGCUAACUUUUUUCUACUUUUAUAAAUUGAAACAUUUUGGCAUAAAAGUCAUACUUACGAAGCAAGGGCUGACUCAUAAUCAAAAGACUUUACUUUUGAUAAACUCGUCUAGCGAUCUAAAGGUAUACUAUAAAAGUUGAUAGAGAAGAAAGUGUUGGGAAUUGUGAUAGCUGGUGGUUUUGGAUUGUUUCUUCCCCUUACAUGUCAGGAAAAAAGGUAAGUUGACUUGAACAACCUUUUUUUGCACUGGGAAAAUGAACAGAUGUUGGAAAGCUUUCAAAAAUUUUUUUAAUUAAAAAAACACUCUGGAAAAUAUUAAAUAUCUGUAACUUAUAGACACCAACUUUCAAUGUAAUAAGUGUACCCUAACUUUAUGUAUGUUUAACUGGAUUACAUAGAUUACUAUCUUUUGUUAAAAUAUGUAUACUCAGUGGACCAAUAUAAAAUUAAAGUAUGUAUAUAUUAUAUAAAUAUACAUAUAUAUAUAUAUACACACACACAUAUAUAUAUAUAUCCAUGCUCACUUGUGUAGGAUGAAUGGUUUAGAGUUUUGUGAUUUUAUUUUACUUUGUUGACUCUGACUCCAAAGCCUGUGCUUUAAAAGAACACAUGAGUAGUAUUCCUGAGAGCUAAGUAGCAUUACUUACAAGGUUUUAACCAUCUUCUACAAAUUUAUGCAGGUUUAUUUGAGCUGUCUUCAUAGAAAUUUUUCUUGUUUCAAGAUUCUAAACUGUAGCCUGUAAUUUUGAGAACAAUAAACUUGAAGCAUAAUAAAGCA